UCACUCAUUCUUUUAGCAGUACACACACUGUUCAGUGUACUGCCUUAUAUAUAUUCUGUACAAGAACACACUGUGUAUCAAAUUAUAUUAUAUUUUGUUUUCAGAAUCGACAACUCUAUUAUGUCUAAACUGUUUGUUUAUGGAGUGGACCAGUCCAUGUCGAACUCGGAGAUUCAGACCGAGUUUGAGAGAUUUGGUAUGGUGACUGAUGUUUAUAACAGUGGGAAAGGAUUUGCUUUUGUCACCUUUGAUCGUAAGGAGGACGCCGACACAGCAACACAGGAGUUGGACGGACAGAGUCUGAAUGGACAACAGAUAAAAGUUAGCGAGGCCAGACCUAAAGGAGAGGGAGGAAGGGGCGGUGGAGACCGAGGCCGUGGAGGUGGUCGUGGACGUGGCGGAUAUGGUGGCGGACGAGGAGGUGGAGGAUACGGUGGUGGCGGAUAUGGCGGACAGCAGGGUGGUUAUGGAGGUGGCGGAUAUGGAGGUGGCCAACAGGGAGGUUAUGGCGGCGGUGGCGGAUAUGGAGGUGGCCAACAGGGAGGAUAUGGGGGUGGUGGAUAUGGAGGAGGCCAGCAACAGGGUGGUUAUGGAGGUGGUGGCGGAUAUGGAGGAUAUUAACUCCUUGCAUACUCAGAUUACCUGUAAAGUCUAUAUAAAAUCUAUAUGAAAAUUUUCUGGUGUAGCCAUUUUGUGUUACGGCUUUUUCUGUAUUAUCUGUACAUUCGUCUUUACCUUGAUGGAUCUCUUUCAUAGCAUUUAACUGCUUUCAGA